AUGUUGUCGAUCAGAUCCGGACGGGUAAAGACAAGAGAAGAACUAAGAAAUGAAGCGGAGCAAAGGGAACAGGAGAUCAAACGCCUUCACAAGCUUCUCGAGACCCAAACAGAGAGUAUGCUGCAAAACCAAAAAAUGCACCAUAUCAUCGAGGAGCUCGAACGCAAGGAUAUGCAAAUUCUGAACUUUCAAUUGAGCACUGUAAAAGAGAAUCGAAUGAUCAAUAAGAAUUUCGAUAAUCUGAUUGGAGUGAUUGAAAAAUCGUUGGAGCAGAAAAAUGAGCAAAAGUCUGUGGAUUGGAGAGUUCAAAGUCUGAGACGAGAGUUGGCAGUGAAAAAGGAGAAGAUCUCGGCGUUGGAGAGGGAGAAUCGACAUUUGGAGAAGGAGAACAAGAGUCAGGAGGAGAUUUUUAGACUCAAAGAGCACCAAUUCCACAUGAUGAUGGAUGGGAAGAACCAUCUUGUCGGUCGAUUCGGAACCGAUGUCUCCGACUACUUCCAAGAGAUGAUUGCCAAGAAUCGAACGCUUGAGGAUACUGUAGAAACGCUUCAGGAUAAAGUGGAGGAUAUGGAAGAGGACGAGACGAAAAUGCAGAAUGAAAUUAAGAAGCUGAAGGAGGAAUUGGAACAUGAGAAGAGGAAGAAUCUGGAAUUGAAGGAGUGGAUGAAUUUGAAGGAAGAGAGGUUGAGAGAGUUGCGUGAGGAGAAGGAUGAGAAGAUUGAAGAGUUGAGAAAGGAGAUUCAGCAGUUGAAAGAAUCUCAAGAUUCCAAAAUCUACGCCCACAUCAGUAUCGAAAACAUCGUUGAUUUGGCCGCGGCGUUAAACGGGCCCGACGCGCCAGCCGAGCCAAUGAGCAGGGCUCAAGAAUGCACAAAACUAUUCGAGAAGAUCACAAAAGAGGAUCCAGAAGCCACGAAAUUCCUGGCAGUUCAAGAUAUGGUGGAUUUGAUUUGGGAUGGGAAAUCGAAGGAGGAGAUUUUGAGAAUUGUGUACAAUUUGAGGCAGCACAAGAAGUGGGCGGAGCUUCCCAACUGGAGGACUACUGAGGAAUUGGAAGCGAUGUUGAAGAAACUUGGGCUUAAGGACCCGAAGGAUAUCAAGAUGUUGAAAAAGUCGGAUUUGAAGAAGGCCGGGAAGUUGGGUAAUAUGGUGAAGGCUCCCGAGUGUCGUCCCAAAGUCUCCCAAGGACCCAAAGAACCAGAAGAAGCUCCGCCUCCACAACAGGCUCCGCCCCACCCAUCAACUCUGGGAGCGCAAUAUUGGAGAAGAUGGAUGCUUACGCCAGAGCAAACGGGAAGAGGUGCUGCUCAAGCUCCGCCCCCUCCAGCAGCUCCGGAGCCUGACCUUGACGAUGAAAUCCACAGACAGAUGCAUACACCAGAGGAAAUGAGGAGAGCGGCUCAACAGGCUCCGCCCCGACAGCAGGCACCGCCCCCUCUGACAGCAGAACAGCAACGCGCACGUGAAGUCGAGCUAGUAUUGCAAAUGCAUAGGGUUUUUGAGAGGACUCCUGGGCGCCAGCAACCGAUGUGGGAUGCUCAAGCUCCGCCCCCACAGGCUCCGCCCAUACUGCCUCUACCUCCACAGGAUCUGCGACAGCUAGGAGAGGGAAAUUUUGUGAUUAUGAAUGGACAAACUUACACAUGGGCUGAAUAUGAAAAUAGAAGAAAUGCGCGGGGUCAGCAGUGA